ACUCAACAUUAACACAUCCCAUAUUCCCAUCCAAGUUAGGUUCCAAACAUUUAGCAGAGAAAAUAAUCAAAUAUGGCAGAUGGCUACAAUAACUCUUCCCAUUCAUCUCAGCCCCCAUUAUUACCACUGCACCUCUGCUUCUUCCUCCUAAUACUCUUCACGUUCGUAAGCAUCACAUGGUACAUCAACUACGAGUCCAUAUUCGAGGGAAUUAUGGAGCAGAUUAAGCUUCUUUUAAUGGUGUCGCCAUUGCUGCUUCUGCUAGUCGUUCACCUCCUCUCCACGCUCGAGAAUUCGUCGGUGUUCUUCUUCCCGUUGCCGCAAAGGGACUCCAUCCACCGCGCCGGCGGAACCCCCUGGGGAGUUGCCUUGCUGCUGGUGCUCCUCCUCUUCAUGAUUUCUUAUCAGUCCGAUUUUCGUGAACGCUGGUUCCCCCUGCUCGCCAGAUGAUUCCUUCAAUCCGCAUAUAUGCUCCUUGCGAUAUCAUGUAAUAUAGUUUAAUCAUUUAAUUUAUGAUCUGAUCAUGCUUUUUACUUUUUACUCUUUUCUAUUUUGUAAUAUCUAUUAGCUUGAUAAAUGAUACUAGUAUAUGUUAUCUUUUAUAUAUAUAUAAUUAUUUAUAAUAAUUUCUUAAAUAACUAAAGUGUAAGAAUGUAAUAGUUGACUUGUUACUGAGAUGAGCAAACUGAGUUCAUAAACUUCA